AGAUUUGUUCAUAUUUAUUAGAUUUGUAAACUUGCUCGGAAGUGAACCACGUGGGACCUGCCUGCAGAUAAACAGUUAAGGAAACCAUAAUUUCCGCUCAGACUGUGGAGUAACUCUGGAGCGGGUUAAAUACAUAUUUUCUCUUUUGUUUGCUGACUCCAAAAACCAAAACGUUCAGUCAGAGACGGUGUGAGGAGGUUAAAAAACGUCUGCGCAGACUGCUUGCUUCUCACUGCGCGCGCUCAGAUCAAAACAGGCCGUUUUGUUUUUGUCUUGUGCGCGUAACCGACCGUUUGAGCGCCUCCCAAGUGUUAAAUUAACACUAGAGAGUAUCUAUGUGUCCACUCCUCUGAGUGUUAAAUAUAACACUGUUGAGUGUUAAAUGAACACUUUUGAAAGUGUUAUAUCUUUAAAAGUAACCUAGUCAGUUCUGAAGAUUUACAACGACUAACACUGAGCAGUGCUGAUUUUCCGACUCUGGAAAAUAACUCAAAAUGUUAGAAAGGAUCAGAGAACAGCUGACAGAGGAGCUACAAAGUAAAGCCUUUAAAUAUACGAGGAAACAUGAUGCAUUAGUGGUGCAAAUGAGAUGUGAGAGCAGUGCUGGGCAUUAACAAGAAGCCUUUGUGCGCGCACACUUUGAGCGAGAAACAUAAGACACGGUUCAGUAGGCAGAUUAUAAACCGUGUCUUUACAGCACCGAAUCUACAAACAGCCUAAAACACACUGAGAGGUGAAAGGAAACUGAAGAUUACAGCUGAUUUUAACCUGGAAGUCAGAAGUGAUACUGUGGCUACCCACUGGAGGCUGAAUCGAUCCAUCUCGCUGUCUGCUGCUGUCAGAACAUUUAAAACACAAAAUCUGAGGAUUUCUUGUUUCUGUUGUUGUCGCUCCACAGGACGCAGCAUGUAUCCGGGCAUACACCCAUCCUGAAGGCAACACAUUAAUCCAUUAAAGCUCAACAUAAAACUCUCAUUUUAAACUUGUAUGAAGUCCUGAUAUUUUUAUUUAAACAGAUCGGACUGAAAUAGACGGGCGCAGUCACGUUGAGCUGCUGAGGUUGAUAAAAUUAGGUUUUUCUAGUCAAUUUUUCAGUAGCUUAUGUUUUCUUUUGCUUUUUUUUUUUUUGACUGGACAGGGGAAAUGCGCUUCACCGUGGCUAGGGUUGAACCGCUGCCUUUCAAGCCAAUCGAUAUCGUUUCCGUGAAGCAGCCUUUAGUUCUUGUAAAUGCAGCAUCAUUGACACUUUACAUUAAAGAAAUUAACGGAAGGGAUUGUGUAUAUCGCCUCGUAUAUAAAUAGAGGUGUGAUUUGUUUGGUUUUGAAUAACAUUUUUUUUCAAGCCCUGUGACUUCAGUUGCUUUAGUCCUCCUGUUCUGCUCAGCUGCUCCGCCGUCUCCGUCCACCCAUCAUACUUUAGAUGACUUCUUUAAUAAUCUUCAUGUAUUUAUCUCUAAUUGUUUCAUCUAUAGGAGGUAGUUUAAAGCAAAGAGGGACCAGCGACUGGACGGCAAACACAUCAUCACAGAUCUCUUCAGCAGGAUGUGCAGGUGAAGCUUGGAGAGGACAUCACUCUCCAGUGUCAGAUUACCACAGAUGAAAUAAUCUCAGUGCUGAAGUGGAGCAGAGCUGACCUGAACACAGACGGCUACGUCUACUUCUACAGGAACAAACGCUCCUAUGAAAACUACCAACAUCCAUCUUUUCAUGGCCGAGUGAAGCUGAGGGACCCAGAGAUGAAGGAUGGAGACGUUUCUCUGAUCCUGAACAACGUCACGUUUAAUGACACUGGGAUUUAUGAGUGUCAUGUAGCUGUGAGGAACCCUGUGAGAAGUAAAAGAGUUCACACUGAGAUCAGUCACUUCUUCAACCUCACAGUCACAGGUGAAACGGAUAAAACCAUGUCGGAAAAGCAGCUGAAGGAAAAAGGAGCUACAGAAGGAAACAUGUAUGAUAGAAAAGCAGAAACUCUGAGUGUUCAGAUUAUUGUUGUUGUUGUUGUUAUUGUUCUCGUCACUACUGUCAUUGGGUUUAUGGUAUUUUUGAGAUUUAAAAGAAAUAAGGAGCAGUUCAUAGCCAAGCCUAGUGAUGAGAGUGAGGAAAUGGCCUGAAAUGUUACUUUCUUUACGAUGCAAUAAAGAGCCCCUCGGGAUAAUUUCUUGUUACAUCUCAAUGUACAUCAAUUAUUUACAUAUACACUGCAUCUCUGCUGUGUGUGCUUCACCCGAACCCCUUUGAGAAUCUUUUAGAGUUGCUGACAGCUGUAAGUCAAGAUAAAUGUUGUCCUUGCAUAUGCAAAGUGAAGCAACGAACUGUUAACAGCAGCUAACAGCUUGGUUAUUAAGGAGAUAAACAUGGUCCCUGUAGAAACAAGAAUUGGCACCCUCAUGUAUUGCAUUCAAAGGUUCAUAUGGAUAAGUUCGGAUAAGUUGCUGCUCAAAACAAAGGUCUUGUAUUGAUACCAGAAUCAGCUGUUUAAUGUAGAAACAGCACUGGUGUUCACAUUCAGUUCAGUUUUAUUUAUAUAGUCACAUUUCACAAUAGGUUUGACUUCAAGGUGCUUUAUGCUGUCAGGUUAACACCCAACAAUAGCAAAGAAAGCUCCAACAAUCAAGCUGUGAACAAGCACUUGGGUAGACUCUUUAUAUUCAAUCAUCAAACAAAAGAAGCUUCAGUGACACUGAAAUUACAUGUAACUUAAACUUAAACUCUGCUGAUAAUAACUUCUGUUCACUGGUAAAUUAAAUGGACUGAUCCUUACAUAGCACUUUUCUACUCUCCCGGAUCGCUCAGAGCGCUUCAUACUACAUGCCACAUUCACACAGGAACUUUCUUCUAUGCUUUAAGUGCUUUCUAUUUAACAUUCAUUCUCUGAUGGACGCAUCCGAGAGCAACUUGGGGUUAGUAUCUUGCCCAAGGUUUAUGACCCCGCCCUCAGUUUGUUCUUCUUCCUUUAAAAGACACUUGAGCGUGCACUUGAAAACAAACGCACCCGCUUUCACGCUUGGAAACUUUCAGCUUUAUUGAAAAACCGGGAUCUCCUGUUCUCGGGUAAUCUCACCAUCCUUUGGAUAUUUAGCAAACUUUGAAAAGUAGGAUGAUCCGAACAAUAAGACGGAAAUGGCUGCUCGGACAUCCGAGGUUCCGAGCUGCACUCACCGUCUUUGUCUGCAGGUCAGGCUGCAGACAGACACUUCACUUCCCAGCCUCCAGUCACAGCAGUCACAGAUGGAGUCCCUCAUAGUCUUCUUGUUCAUGAUUUCUUGCUCUUUAGCUCUGCAGCAGGAUGUGCAGGCGAAGCUUGGAGAGGACGUCACUCUCCAGUGUCAGAUUUCCAAAGAUGAAAUAAUCUCAGUGCUGAAGUGGAGCAGACCUGACCUGAACACAGACGGCUACAUCUACUUCUACAGGAACAAGCGCUCCUAUGAAAACUACCAACAUCCAUCUUUUCAUGGCCGAGUGAAGCUGAGGUACUCAGAGAUGAAGGAUGGAGACGUUUCUCUGAUCCUGAAGAACGUCACGUUUAAUGACACUGGGAUUUAUGAGUGUCACAUAGCAGUGAGGAACCCUGUGAGAAGUAAAAGAGCUCACACUGAGAUCAGUCACUUCAUCAACCUCACAGUCACAGGUGAAACAGAUGAAAAGAUGUUGCAGCAGCGACUCGUGGAAAGUGAAGCUGGAAACAUGCAGGAUGUGGAAGACAUAGUAACUCCAACUGUUAUAAUGGUUGUUUGUUUUGUUGCGGUUGCUGUUAUUGUUGUUGGUUUUCUGACAUUAUUCAUAUUUAAAAGAAAUAAGAAGCAGCUUCCAGUCCAGACUAAUACAGAGGCAGUCGAGGCUAAGCAACAUGGACUUCUUGUUUAAAAGUGAAAAAUAGGAAAUAACAAACUGUUCUGUGGUUAUCAAAAACAUAACAGCUCUGGAAACUCUUCACAAAACAGCAAAUUCAGCCUGGAGCUUCUUACUGUGGUAUAGCAGUGCUAACCACUGCACCACUGUCAGAGCCUGGCACAUAGGAAUAAUUACAAUUUAAAGCUGCAAGCAGCGUUAUGAGGGAAUAAUUACAAAAGAUGGAGCUCACAGUAGAACAGAAACAAUAUUUGCGUGUUAUAGUGAUCUUUUUUUAUAGUAAUACUAGUCUGGAAGCAGACUAGUAUUACUCACUUGUGCAGUGUUUUCUGUCUCUGUGGUGGUGGACACCAGAACAGAAGGCAGUCAUCAAGUUGAAAAAGGAUUA